CACUCCGCUCAGUCUGUCCCGAACUCGCAAUCCCACUCAGAGCCCACUCUUACGCCACUGACACUCAGCAAGUCGCCACCAUGUCCGUCAGAGUCAGCAAAGUGUCUUACCGCAGCUCCAGCAGCGCUGCCCCGCGCUCUGCGGGCUUCAGCAGCUUCUCUUACAGCGGAGCCCCCGGUGCCAGCAGAGCCAGCACCGCAGCCUUCAGCCUGGGCUCCAGCUACGGAGGAGGAUCCCGAUUUGGCAGCGGAUACAGGACAGGCUAUGGAGUCGGGCUGGGCUCAGGUGCAGGUUCUGCUGGUAUCACCGCAGUCAGUGUCAACCAAAGCCUGCUGGCCCCCCUCAAUCUGGAGAUCGACCCCACCAUCCAGCAAGUGAGGACCCAGGAGAAGGAUCAGAUCAAGACCCUCAACAACAAGUUCGCGUCAUUCAUUGACAAGGUUCGCUUCCUAGAACAACAGAACAAGAUGCUGGAGACCAAAUGGAGUCUCCUGCAGAACCAGAAAACCACUCGCAGUAACAUGGACAGCAUGUUUGAGGCAUACAUUAACAACCUGCGUCGCCAGCUGGAUACCCUUGGACAAGAAAAGCUCCGCCUGGAGUCCGAGCUUGGAAACAUGCAGGGUCUAGUGGAGGACUUCAAGAACAAAUAUGAAGAUGAAAUCAACAGGCGCACAGAGAUGGAGAACGAAUUUGUCCUUCUCAAGAAGGAUGUUGAUGAGGCUUACAUGAACAAGGUGCAGCUGGAGGCACGACUGGAAGGCCUCACAGAUGAAAUUAACUUCCUGCGUCAACUGUACGAAGAGGAGCUGAGGGAGCUGCAGUCCCAGAUCUCAGACACUUCUGUUGUUUUGUCCAUGGACAACAACCGCAACCUUGACCUUGACAGCAUUAUUGCUGAAGUAAAAGCUCAGUAUGAAGACAUUGCCAACAAGAGCCGUGCUGAGGUGGAGAGCAUGUACCAGAUUAAGUAUCAGGAACUCCAAUCCUCCGCUGGACGCCAUGGAGAUGAACUUAGGAAUACCAAGAAUGAGAUCAGUGAGCUGAACCGCUACAUCACACGGCUGCAGUCUGAGAUUGAUGCUCUGAAAGCACAGCGUGCAAACCUUGAAGCUCAGAUUGCAGAGGCUGAGGAACGUGGGGAGUUGGCACUGAAGGAUGCUAGAGCCAAACUGUCUGAGCUGGAAGCUGCUCUGCAGAAGGCCAAGCAGGACAUGGCUCGCCAACUGAGAGAAUACCAGGAGCUGAUGAACGUGAAACUGGCUCUGGAUAUUGAGAUCGCCACCUACAGGAAACUGCUGGAAGGAGAGGAGAGCAGGCUGGAAUCAGGAAUACAGAACAUGAGCAUUCAGACCAAAACCACAGGAUAUUCAGGCGUUAGCAGUGGCUACAGUGGAGGACUCCAGAGUGGGUAUGGUGGCGGGUAUGGCAGUGGUUUUGGAGGAGGUUACAAUGUGUACUCAAGCAGUGUGAGUUCCCCCCUGGAAACCUCCCGAACCAAGCGCAGCAUUGUAGUGAAGACAGUGGAGACCAAAGACGGAAGAGUGCUGUCUGAAUCCUCAGAUGUCUUUUCAAAGCCUUGAGCGACUAUCUUUCCAGCACCAUGCUCCCCCACAGCCAGGACACUUGACAGAUGAGCCUUCUCCAAGGCAGAUAUCAGAUUCAUGGGUUAGAAGUCUUAAGAUGCUUCCCUCAAUGGGUCUGCCAUUUAUGAAAUGUACAGACCCUGCUUGCCCUAAGGAAUUGACAAAUUUACUAAUGACAUUUGAUGGUGCUUGUACAAUACAGAAUGUUGUCUGCCCACUUCUGAAACUGGGCUCAUUGGCAAAAUCUGAUUGUAAAUCUACUAUAAAUACUACUGUGUCCUAGUCACCAAGAUCUUACACUGAUUCCCUCUCGGCAGGCUCAGCUUAAGGCAGACUUGGCUAAUUGUGGGCUCAGCUGUGGUUUCAUAACACUUUCCUUCUUCCUUGGCUUCAGUUCUUACCACUCUUUGCAAAAAGUCACUUUUGAGUUUACAACUCUACUCCUUCAGACCUCUUGCAUUGUGCCUUAUUGUCCAUCCGUGCUGGGUGGAUACUGGAAGUGCCUAAUCUUUUCUUGCACAUUCAGAUAAAACUGUUAAUAAAACUUUUUAUUUUAAAAACAAA